AUGGCUUCGCCGUCUCAUCAUAACACUCUCAAACGUGAUAUCCAGUCCGCCAGUCCUCAAAGACUAAAACGAAGAGCUCUGACUCCGGAGGCUUUCCGAGCAGCUACGGUCAGCGCAGUAGAACCCAUGAAUCUAGCAGGAGGCGAAGCAAAACUGAGUUAUCUUGCAACUGGAUUCAAUAAACCUAUCGAAGGCUCGUCAAACUUAAAGGCAGCUUUACCUUUUGCUAAUGGAAUCAAACAUUCCGAUACGAUCGUAUCAAACCAAAUACCUACUCGUUUCUCAGUCCAAAAAUUCCGUUCAACUGGCUCUUUUUGGGUUGCUCGAUUUACUUCUAUUGGAGAACAAAGGGCACGCCAAUGGGUGCGCCAAUUGGUGAGUCUAACUCUCAAAGUUUCAAAGCAGACUCUAGACGUUGAUACAAUGUUUUUGUCAUAUAUAGCUGAUAUCACAAGCUUUAGCCUCACAUUGAAUGUGCAUAACAAAUACUAUAGAUCACAAGCUUGGAAUACAGGUGUAUUGAGUAGCAAUGAGAAUGCCGGUGUGCAAAAUGUAUCUUUCGAAGCAUACCACAAUAGAAAAGAGGAUUUUGAGGCUCCAAACAAAAGUCAAUGA